GAUACCAUUCAGUCGCAAACCAGCACACGAGCGCAACCGUUUGUAAAAAUACAACUCAUAAAUAGCUGUAUCCAAUUUUAUUGUAGUGUGGAACUAUAAGAAGUUCAGUUGAAUAUUUUUUUAAAUUAUAUUUCUUGUCGAAUUUGUUUUGUGGAGUUUCUAUUUUUAAUUGAGAGAGACAACAUUUGGCGGCAAUAAGUCGGGUGUUUGCCAAGCAUCCACCCUCGAGCCCUACUCAACGUAAACACAGCAACGUAACACAUAUCGGGUGACGUCGCGUGACGUAUGGAAGAUAGGAAUUACGCUUACGACCCGGUUGGUCAGACCGGUGCGCCAGUCAACCAGCAAGCGUACAGAAUGGAGGCAGGACAACUGUGGCGGCAAUAUGUCAUCGCCGGAAUCGCGAACAUCGCGAUUGCGUCAACGGGUUACUCCAUGGGAUGGACGUCUCCUGUAAACCUGAAACUUCAAGCUAACGACACCAGCAACCCUGUAGGCGCACCAGUCACCAAAGAUCAAGAGGCAUGGAUCGGAUCCCUGCUCACUGUGGGUGCUAUUUUCGGCCCCUUCCUCGGCGGUUUUGCUGCAUCAAAGAUCGGUCGCAAAUGGGGUCUUUUGAGUACUUCCAUCCCUCUUUUCAUUGGUUGGAUCCUGAUCGCUGCCACCAACAGCGUCGGCAUGAUCUACGGUGGUAGGAUCUUCUGGGGUCUCGCCGUCGGUAUGCUGUUUACCAUCUCCCCCAUGUACUGCGCAGAAAUUGCUACGGAUGACUCUCGUGGUGCCCUCGGUUCGUUCCUGCAAGCGUUCAUCACGCUGGGUUACCUGCUGAUCUACGGUAUCGGACCCUAUGUCUCCUACAUGGUGAUAGCUUACGUCGGUAUCAUCUUCACUGCUGUCUUUGUCCUCGGAUUCUUCUUCAUGCCUGAGUCUCCCUUCUACUACCUGGCUAAAGGUGACAGGGAAGCAGCUGCCAACUGCUUGGCUAAGAUCCGAGGUCGUUCCCACGCGGGCGUUCAGGAUGAACUCGACAAAAUGGCUGCUGAUGUCACUGCCUCCAUGGAGAAAACCGCAACGGUCGCCGACGUGUUCCGCGGCAGUAACUUCAAAGCGUUCUACAUCUCUUGCGCUCUAGUGUUCUUCCAGCAGUUCAGCGGUAUCAACGCUGUGCUCUUCUACAUGACCAAUAUCUUCGAAGCUGCCAACUCCAGCCUCGACUCCGCCGUCGCUACCAUCAUCAUUGGUGUUGUACAGGUCAUUGCAUCUUGCAUCACUCCUCUGGUAGUAGACCGACUGGGUCGUAGGAUCCUGCUCCUCAUCUCAGCUUCUGGAACUGCUAUUGGUUUGGGUCUUCUUGGCAUGUUCUUCAUCCUAGCAGACAAGGGUAGUCCAGUAGUGUCCAGCAUUGGAUUCCUUCCCAUCCUGUCUCUUGUUCUCUUCAUAGUGACUUACUGCUGGGGUCUGGGACCCUUGCCGUGGGCUGUCAUGUCUGAACUGUUCCCCAUUGAAGUAAAGGCCAUCGCCUCACCUAUUGCCACCGCCUUCUGCUGGGUCCUGUCCUUCUUGAUCACCAGAUAUUUCAGUGCCAUCGCUACAGCCCUGGGUAUGGGCGGUACGUUCUUCAUCUUCGGCGCAUGUUGUGUGGCUGCCUUCUUCUUCACUCUGUUCCUGGUGCCCGAGACCAAGGGCAAGAGCUUCCAGGAGAUCCAGGACAUUCUGUCUGGCAGGCCGUCCAAGCUGGAGAAGGCAUAAAGUGUAUAAUAUUUUGUGUUAUAUCAAUAAUCGCUAGCUGUUAGUAUUACGCUGCAUCACAUACACCGUAACAAUCAGAAUAUUAGGGAAAAUCGAAUAUUAAAAUAAACGAAUUACCGAUUUUACUAACCGAUUUUAACGAAAAUCGGUUGCUGGAAUGUGAAUGGGAAAAUAAAAUAAUGUUAAAGUUUGACGAUUGUCCGAAAAAUCGGUUGUGUCACAUCCCUAGUUUCCGAUUGUUACGGUUUUCAUCUUGUUGAUUGGAGAUCAAAUGUCUGCUUAAUUUAUUCCAGUGAAAUUAUAUUUUAUACGUAUCUAGGUAAUUUUAAUGUUUGAUCUCCAAUUUGCAAGACAUUUUUCAAGUAAAAUGCUAGACAAAGUUUCUGGUCUUUCAAAAUGGGAGGGGCCAGUAACUUUGCCACGCCUUAUACUUUGGUUUUCAACGAAUCAAAACAUUUGGACCAAUUUUUAUAUAUAUUUUAAUGAGAAUAGUAAUUUAUAACAGUUGUCCAUUUAAGUAUAUCUUAAUGUUCCUUAGUGUUGUUGGUCGAUAAUGAUCAGAGCUGGCCAUCCGCCAUUUUAGGUGACAUAUUACAUAAUAAUGGUAACACUGAAAUAUGAAAUGUCAAAUAUCGGACCACCGAUUAUUUUUUGAACAGAAAAUAUAGAAGCUUGCAAAUGCAUGCAUGAGAGAUUCUCAAAAAUUGUGAUAAAUAAAGAUAAACAUCAGAUUUAACCUACAAAUCUAACUUUGAUAGAGGAGAUAGUGUUGCUAACCUAAAAAAA